CCGUCCUUUUCAGACUCGGUCGACCGCAAGCUUCUUGUUCCGGCCUUGCCUUCCCCGGCCGCUCUUCUCCCCCAUUCCCGGUUUUUCCUCUCUCCUGCCCUCCUGUCCGCCUCCCCGUUUUUUGGCUUACCACCCCGGGGCCGGGCCACUCUCAGGGCCGGGCGCCCUCCGGUGCGCGGCCCCGGGGCCCAGUGUAUGACCCGCCGUCCAGCCGCCGCUCGCUCCCCCCGCCCCAUGUGGCUGCGGGGCCGCGGCGGCGCUGCCCACUAUGGCCCGGAAAGCAGUUAGCAGGAAGCGGAAAGCGCCCGCCUCGCCGGGAGCUGGGAGCGACGCUCAGGGCCCGCAGUUUGGCUGGGAUCGCUCACUUCAGAAAAGGAAAAGACUCCCCCCAGUGAAGAGGUCCUUAGUGUACUACCUGAAGGGCCGAGAAGUCAAGCUACAGAGCGAAGCCAGCUACUCCCGAGUGUUGGUCUCGCAUCUAUUUGUCGUCGAUGUACAGACAAGCCAGAUUACCAAGAUUCCCAUUCUGAAAGACCGUGAGCCUGGAGGGGUGACCCAGCAGGGCUGUGGUAUUCAUGCCAUCGAACUGAAUCCCUCCAGAACCCUGUUAGCCACGGGAGGAGACAACCCCAACAGUCUUGCCAUCUACCGGCUGCCAACACUAGAUCCUGUGUGCGUGGGAGAUGAUGGACACAAGGACUGGAUCUUUUCCAUUGCGUGGAUCAGCGACACUAUGGCAGUGUCUGGCUCACGCGAUGGUUCCAUGGGACUCUGGGAGGUGACAGAUGAUGUACUGACCAAAAGUGAUGCAAUGCACAAUGUAUCCCGGGUCCCUGUGUAUGCCCACAUAACUCACAAGGCCUUAAAGGACAUCCCCAAGGAGGACACAAACCCUGACAACUGCAAGGUCCGGGCUCUGGCCUUCAAUAACAAGAACAAGGAAUUGGGAGCAGUCUCUCUGGAUGGCUACUUUCAUCUGUGGAAAGCUGAAAAUACACUGUCUAAGCUUCUCUCCACCAAACUGCCAUAUUGCCGUGAGAAUGUCUGUCUGGCCUACGGUAAUGAGUGGUCAGUGUAUGCAGUGGGCUCCCAAGCACACGUCUCCUUCUUGGAUCCACGGCAGCCGUCUUACAACGUCAAGUCCGUCUGCUCCAGGGAGCGAGGCAGUGGGAUCCGGUCAGUGAGCUUCUACGAGCACAUCAUCACUGUCGGCACAGGGCAGGGCUCCCUGCUGUUCUACGACAUCCGAGCUCAAAGAUUUCUGGAAGAGAAGCUGUCAGCUUGUUACGGGUCCAAGCCGAGGCUAGCAGGAGAGAACCUGAAACUAACCACUGGCAAAGGCUGGCUGAAUCAUGAUGAAACCUGGAGGAAUUACUUUUCAGACAUUGACUUCUUCCCCAAUGCUGUUUACACCCACUGCUACGACUCGUCCGGAACGAAGCUCUUUGUGGCAGGAGGUCCUCUCCCCUCAGGGCUCCAUGGAAACUACGCUGGGCUCUGGAGCUAAGGACCACUCUCCCCAAAUGCAGAGAUUUACACUAACUUCCAUCCUCAGUUUUCUGGUUUCUUCUUUUGAUAUUUUUCCUUUUCCUUCUCUCUUUCUUUCAGUUGUGUGAGGCUCUCAAAUUUUAGUGGGAACACCAGAGUUUACCUUAUGGUUUAGGCAUCUGACAGGGAGACGCUCUGAGCAGAAAUCUGAAAGGGCCUUUUCCCUUUUGGUAAUCAGAAUUUUACUUUACUGCCUUUUGUGUUUGUUUCUUACCCAACAUUAUUAUUUGUCCUUGUUUGUAUUAUUUCUGUAAGUGACACACACUCUCCCCUCUCUGGCGUCCUCUUUAGGCCAACCCAGUCAUUCUCACCCUUACUUCACUCUUGAGGUAGGGUUCCUUUAUAAUUAUGUGGUUGCUGUCAGACUUUCUGUGAAAGUUUGGGGGCUGUGUGUGUGUGUGUGUGUGUGUGUGUGGACACGCAUGCACUUGAGUGUCUGUAGAUACUGUGUGUCACUAAAAUUACCUGGAGUGAGAAGUACUUGUAAUUAAAAUAUUUAUAAAAGAAACAACUUUAUUCAUAGAGUCUAGCUUUAGGGCUAGUCUUUAUCUUGUUUUUUAAAAGUCUGACAACACUGACUAUAUGAAAUGGAAACAGCUAUCCCUUGGGAAAGCCUUUGAGUUCCAUUCCAGGCUUCCUGGGGGGCCCCACAGCAGGCCUCCAAAGUGAUCCAGCCCCUACCUGUCCUCCCACUUGUUUGUCCCCAGGUGAGAACAUGUGUGUGUGCAUGUCUGUGUCUGUGUCUGUGUGUGCGCGCGCACUUGCUUGUGUGUCACUAGCACUUCCCCCACCUCCCGUUUGGUUAGCCAUUGGCCCCUCCCCUAAAACGUCGUGGUCUCCAUCCCUUGCAGCUGUGCGGUGAGUCGAAGGCUUGGGCACAGUCUGUUGGCAAAGAGAGUCUCCAUCUCAGACAUCCACCACCCCUCCAGCAAAACCUGAUCUGUUCCCGGGGCCUUGGUCCAGGGGCCUCUAGUUCUCUAAGGCUCUCACAUACUCAGUCCCCCAGUCUCCCCAGUGGGUUUUGCUUUUGUUUUCUAAAUUGAUUUCCUUUCGGGAGGUUGGGGGUGUGGCUGUUUAGAGUGAGUGCCUCAUGUGUGUGGAGUGUGUUUUCUCGAUGCAGUGGGGUGGGAUUGAGGCCCUCCUUUCCUCCCUCUCUCCCUUCCUGUUGGUGCAGCUCUGGAGUGGUGGUGGGGUGACCUGCAGCCAGCGACACUGUGCAUGUGACGGCAUUGAUGUGAUAAUAUUGUGUCUGUUCCUCCCUUGAACUAUCUGUGUAGGCUGAGGUUUUUAAACUCGCAGGCAACUGACUGACCAUGGUGUCCAGUUGUUCCCUGCUUUUUACGCAUCGUGUUGCAGAUAACAGCUGUUCCCUCCCACAAAUUCCUCCUCUCCUCUAAGCACAUACACUGUGUCUCUGUCAAUAGCCUAUCCUGGAGAAAGGAAAAGUCCUAUUUUUAUGCUGGCACCCCCGCUUCUAAACCACCCUCCCCUGCCGCCCCCCUGCUGUGGGGGCCAGUGGGAGAGUGGAAUGAGGAUUGCACCCUGCUGUGGUUGGGGCUGCAGGGAAGUCCACCCUGACUUGGUGGAAGGAGGCAGGCACCACUGAUUCUGAUUCUCAUCUUCUAACCUAGAGAAAUAGGUGCUAUCCACAGGGAAUUAAGCAAAAUGCUGGAUGCUAUCGAGCUUUUAAUUGUCUUAAUUUUUAUUUCUAUUAAACUACAAGCUGUAGAUUUCUUAGUUCUCACAGAACUUCUAUUAUUUUAAACCAACUUGUAUAUUGAAAAACAAAAACAAAAAAAAACCUUCAGUAGGAUGUUUUGUACUGUUGCCCGACCCUCUUCUGUGAUGGGUGAUGCGUUUGAUUGUUUGAAAUUUUCUGUUUUUAAAAAUGUAGCACUUGACUUUUUGCCAAGGAAAAAUAAAUAUUAUUCCAGAGCCAA